GCUAUGAAUAGUGUAGCCAAUGCCUUGGCGUCAUUGUUUUGAUGGGCGUGUCAUACAGUCAUUGCCAAGCAAGCGAAGCCAACCAGAGUAAACAACUAAGUUAGCCUGUCAGCUAGCUAGCAACUUCUGAAAUGGCGUCGUUAACGGCGACAGAACCAGCGUUACGCCCGGGUACAGUACCAGCAGCGGAGUCCAUAGUACCUGCUUGUAUGUUUGCACCGGACCGGGGUUGUACCGAGGAUCCGUGCGGCGGAGACGGCUUUGAAGACGGCGAGGGUACAAACGGAGAGCCCGCGGAUCAUUUAGACUUAAGUAGCAAGCUGGUCCUUGUGAGUCCAACGGGGGAACAGUAUGACUCAUUACUAAGACACUUGAGGGAGCGGAUAGAUGAAGGCUGCGGAGAGACAAUCUAUGUGGUUGGGAUGGGCUCAGAUGGAGGUGAUUAUGGUCUGGAUGAAAAAGACAUGGAGGCGUCAGUAGCCACGGUGCAGUCACUGUGUGAACAGACUGAGGCUGAUUUAAUCCUGCUGAGAGAAAGGACAGACACUGGCGGAAAGAUUCGGGACUACCUCAUCCGUCGACGUGUGGGCGAGCAGGAUUUCCUAGAAGUCAGGUAA